UCUCAUCUGUUUCUGGAACUUGUUACCACUCUUUCUUCUCUUUCUAAAUCCACAUUGUAAAGAAAGCACUUUGUUUCUAUAACUUCUGUCUCAUUUCUCUUCAUUUUAACUCCUCUGUUAUGGAGCUUCCAGCGACAGGCGUUCCUUUAAGAUUAACUCCUGAACAAGUACGGGAACAGGCUCGACAACGAUGGUUUCAUACAACUGAAUUAUGUGAAAUAUUUGCAAAGCAUGACACCCUUAAUAUACAUAUAUCUCAACCACAAGAAAGGCCGACAAAUGGUGCAUUUUUUGCAAUUACCAUGCAAAAGCUUCGGGAGUUUAGGAAAGAUGGACAUGUCUGGGCUAAAAAGAAGGACCGCAAAACCAUUCAAGAAUCUCAUGAGAACCUCAAGGUUGGCGGUGUAGUGAUGUUAAACUGUUUGUAUGCAUAUGGAGAAACAGAGAACAAUUUUCAGAGACGUAUAUACAGGAUGAUAAAAAAGGAACAUCGAGAUAUAGUUCUUUUUCAUUACCGAAAAGACCAGAAUCAGGAAAACAGGAAAAUUUGGAGACGUGGCAUAAAACCCAUCAAAUUAAACCCUCAGUCUAUCCAAGAAUCUGCAGCAGGUUGUUCCUCCGGCAUUGUCAAUCAUGACGACUACCAAUUGUCCUUGGCUCUUAACACUGCAGAUACGGGCAACCAGAACAGCAUCCAGGCUAAUGCUCAACCUUCAGAUUCAAGUAACCAGAGCAACAUUCAGGGAAAUGCUGAAUCUGCAGAAGAUGAUGCUGGGUUGCGGGGGAUUAAUGGGUCAGCCAUCAGGAGAUUUGCAUGAGGAGAGUGUUUUACUAUUUGUUUCAGAUUUUGAUGUCAUAUUUUCACUGUUGGACUGUUUUAUGUAUUUUAAGAUUAUGCACACUUUGGAUUAUGUUUAUGGAUUGCAUGUUUUGAUGUAUGGAUGAUGGUUGUUGGAAA